UUUCCGAAAUAGCUGAAUAUCCGUGCCCCAGAUAGAAGGUAAGCAUCAAAUAAUGACUGAUCAUUGACAAUUUGGAAGUGAUCUUUGACUCUGAAUGAAACAGUUUUGUAGACCUGACGCAGACUAAAAUCCGGAUGUGUGCAGAAAAUGCCAAAGAAAGGAAAGAAGCCAGAUUGGGGAGUUCGUCCAGAUGUUGGACCAAAGCCUUAUCAAGAUAUAUGCAUUUCGGAAGAAGUUAAAAUUGGAAUAAACUUAGCGAUAGAAAGAUUUAGGUUGAAUGAGACACAGAAAGAGCUCGAGUUUCCUACAUCCCUUACAGCAACUGAACGAGCAUAUAUUCACAGGUUGUCCGAUGAACUUUCUCUGAAACACAAGAGCAAAGGGCAAGGAGCAUCACGUUACCUUGUUCUCGCAAAGAAGGAUGUUGGUUCUAUGGCGAGCAGAAGUGCAGCAUUUCAGCUAGUUCGUAAUUCCCGUUACCAGAUUGGCAACAUGCUACAAAGGUUUCCAGUUACAAGCAAAGAACGCCAAGAGCUUCUGCCCAACACAGAUAAAAGUCAAGUAAAUGAAGUCUCAAAAGAGCUUGCAUGCACAGCUACUGGACGGCUAAACAAUGGAAUACCCCAGAUUCCACCAGUGAAAGGCCGCUCAGACUUACAGAACUUCACAAAAUCCUUGCCAAUUAACCAGUAUAAAGAAGAGAUUCUUGGAAUGAUCAGAGAGAACCAAGUUUGCCUGAUCUCGGGAGAAACUGGUUCUGGAAAAACUACUCAGGUUCCACAAAUGAUUCUUGACGACUGUCACCAAAACAAACAAGCAUGUAGAAUAUUUUGUACUCAGCCACGCCGGAUAGCAGCACUCAGUAUAUCAGAACGUGUUGCUUCAGAGAGGAAUGAGAAUGUGGGUCAGACAGUUGGUUUUCAAAUCAGACUUGAAAGCAGGGUGUCUCCAAAGACUCUGCUAACAUUUUGUACAAAUGGUGUAUUGUUGCGGACCUUGAUGGGAAGUGGAGAUGCUUUGAGUACAGUUACACAUGUUAUUGUUGAUGAGGUGCAUGAGCGAGACAAGUUUUGCGACUUUUUGAUGGUUUCCCUACGUGAUAUAGUUCGCAGGAGACCUGAUUUCAAGGUCAUUUUGAUGAGUGCCACAUUGAAUACAGAAUUAUUUGUCAAGUAUUUUGACAACUGUCCUGCCAUAUGCGUUCCUGGUAACCUUUUCCCUGUAGAGGAAUACUACCUUGAAGAUGUCAUUAAAUGGACAGGUUAUACUAAUAGGAAGAUGGAAAAGUACCGUGUAGAGCUUGACGAAAUGGAAACAAGAACAGAACAGUUAUCACAGUGGUGUAAUCAAGACCCAAAUACCUUUGACCCUCGAACUUUUUCAAAGAGAAAACGGAAGAAAAAGAAGCAGGUUAUACAUGGUGUAUGUGCAGAUAUUGAGAUUGAGGAGUCAAGUAGUGAUACAGACAGGGAACCAGAUGAUCGAGCAGAUCUUACCGAGCAAUUAUCUUCACUGGGUCUGAGCAAGGAGAAAGACAAGGAUGAGCUGGAGCCGUGGUUGAUACAAGAGAUGGACCAGUGUCUCUCCGAUAUAUGGCUGUCCGGAAACGAGGAACAGUUUCCACAAGUGUUUUAUCUGAUUGCUUCAGAAAAUGUCAGUGUUGAUUACCAGCAUAGUGAGACAACGGUUACACCAUUAAUGAUAGCAGCAGGGCGAGGGUUUAUUGAUAUUGUCGAACAGUUGCUGGCUAUUGGGGCUGACCCAACUGUGAAAUCAUCCAAUGACUGGACAGCACUUGACUGGGCAAAAAAGUUCGAGCAAACGGACAUUAUUGCUCUGUUAGAAGCUCAUAUGUUAGCAUGUGAAAUAGGACCUGAGCAUGAGGAUCUAGAUGUUGAUGAAGAUUCCAGUUUAUCGGAAGAAGACAAGAAGAUGUUGACUGUGUACCAACAUUGUUGGGAUGAUGAUAAAGUGGACAUAGAACUUGCAAAAAGUCUUCUAUAUAUAGUGGUCUCCACACAGCCAGAUGGUGCAGUUUUGAUAUUUUUGCCUGGGUACGAUGAGAUUAUAUCCCUUAGAAACAGGAUAGAGGACGAUGACAAGUUCAGCAACAUUAGGUAUUCAAUGUUCCUGUUACACUCUUCAAUGCAGUCAGCAGACCAGAAGAAAGUGUUUAAGCCUGCAGCUCCAGGCAUUAGAAAAAUUAUUUUAGCAACAAAUAUAGCUGAAACUAGUAUUACAAUCAACGAUGUGGUGUAUGUCAUCAACUCAGGCAAGGUCAAAGAGAAAACAUUUGAUGCCUUACUGAAGAUCACAAUGUUGAAAAGUAACUGGAUUUCUAAAGCAAGUUCUGCUCAGAGACGUGGAAGGGCAGGCCGUGUACGUCCAGGUGUAUGUUAUCACAUGUACAGUAAAGUCAGAUAUCACCAUUUGUGUGAUUUCGCAACCCCAGAACUUCUCAGAUGCCCUCUGCAGGAGAUAUGUCUCCAAACAAAAUUAUUAGCUCCCAUGAAUGAGAGCAUUGCCGAGUUUCUGUCUAAAGCACCAGAGCCACCACCAUUCCUUGUCACAAGAUCAGCCAUCUCUGUAUUGAAGCAAAUGGAUGCAUUAGACAGUAACGAGGACCUUACAGAACUAGGUCGUCAUCUAGCGGACCUUCCGGUGGAGCCACACCUUGGAAAGAUGGUCCUCAAUUCUAUCGUACUGAAAUGUAUUGAUCCUGUCCUCACCAUAGUCUGCUCUCUUGCAUACAAGGAUCCUUUUUUAUUGCCUGGACAACCGUCGGAGAAAAGACAAGUUGGAAAUAUCAGACAUGAGUUUGCUGCUUCAACUUACAGUGAUCACAUGGCUUUACUUAGACUCUUCCAGGCAUGGCAGAAGGCGAGGACAGACGGUUGGGAAAGGUCAUUCUGUUCCAAGAACUACGUGUCUCCAGCUGUCAUGGAGAUGAUUGUUGGAAUGAGAGCACAACUACUUGGUCAGUUACGGGCUUCAGGAUUUGUACGUGCUCGUGGUGGUGGCGACAUUAGAGAUUUGAACACCAACUCUGAAAACUGGGCAGUUGUGAAAGCAUCACUGUGUGCAGGGGCCUAUCCAAACAUUAUACGUUGGGACAAGCCUACAUGGAGAUUUGUAGGACAAGUUACUGAAAAGAUAAAGCUCCAUACAUCAUCAGUAUUGCCACAGCAAGCUGGAGUCCUACCUUCUGAAUGGCUGUUCUAUGAGGAAAUGACACGUUCAGGGAAAAGGUCCAUUGGGGGAUUGGCUUGUGUAAGAUGUUGUACUGUUAUUUCACCAGCAACUGUUGCAAUAUUUGCUGGACCAUCAAAACUACCAAGUGAUGCAUUAAAAGAUACGGCUGAAGAGGUAGCAGAUAGUUUGAACACGGAGCAUGGACCAACAAGUGACAGUGAAAAUGAGGAUCCUGAAGAUAAUAAGAGCUGUAGUCUUCAGUUUGGGGACUGGCUCACAUUUAAAGCAGACGCUGAGUCUGCCAGUCUCACAUUACAACUAAGACAGAAAUGGAAUAGCCUGUUCCUUAGAAGGAUGAGAGCUCCAUCUAAACCAUGUACACAAAUGGAUGAGGCUGUGAUCAGUGCAGUUGUGAAUGUAUUAACUAAUGAAGAGCAGGCUCUGGGUCUUCAACAACCAGCUGGAAUAGGACAGAGGCCAAGACCUAUGUCUGCAGAGAGUAUAAUGUCAGGAGGUUAUGCGGGCCAUGGGCAGAGUACGCAACACGAGUCCUCAGACAACACAUGGCAUAGAUUCUCCACAUCAGCCAAGAAGGCAUCUGGUACUCCUACAAAGAGAAGAGAUUUCAUGUCACCAAAGAUGAACAAGUCAGGAGAUAACUCUCAGCACAACAGUCCUAGUCUGAGUCAGCAUGGCAGUGACAAAGGAUCACCAUUUCACAGUCCUAUGGCUAGUGGGUCUGGUGCAGCCAGGUAUUUCAUCAUGAAGUGUAGCAGUCAGAGGAACAUUGAUAUAUCAAUUAACAAAGGAGCAUGGGCAACAUCAAAGGCAAAUGAACAGAGGUUAAACAAGGCAUUUCAGGAGGGAAGCACAGUUUACCUGAUAUAUUCUAUCCAAGGCAGUGGUCAUUUCCAAGGUUAUGCAAUCAUGUCAUCUUGUGUUGGUGCAGAAAGGUCGUCAGACUACAAUGGGCAGGGUGGGGUGUUCUCAGUGGAUUGGAUAAAAAGGGGUAACCUUCAGUUUCAAGCAACACAUCAUUUACUUAACCCCUGGAAUGAGAACAAGAGAGUCCAGGUCAGCAGGGAUGGUCAGGAAAUAGAGCCAUCAGUUGGUGAAGCUUUGACUUGUCUCUGGGAUUGUUACAAUGAUGACAGUAGCCAGAUUGAGGCUGCAGAAUCUAAAUGGACUGGUUCUCAUCAGUAUGCUAACAAUAACAUGACUCCUAGAGGUGCCUAUGAUGAGUGCGAGUUGUAUACUGACUUUGGAAGAGAUGGUAGCUAUGGCAACAGUCAUAACCAGUAUGGUUACCAAGGGCAACAGUAUGGUAACCAACAAUAUGGUAACCAAGGUCAACAGUAUGGUUACCAUGGGCAACAGUUUGCUCACACAAGACAACCAUAUGGACACCAACAAGGUUAUGAAGCAUACCAGAGUUGGGGAGGUAAUGGGGGAAACCAACAAAGAUACAAUUACAACCAAAGACAUUACAGCAAUAGAGGUCAUGGUAACACAGGAUUUGGUAACUAUGGUUACCAUAAUCAAAAUGUUGAAUAUCAGAUGAGGGGUUACGAUGCCAAUUCCCCACUUAACAGAAAUUCCCCUGUGAUGAUUCUGCAAAGAGGACAACAUAAUGCAGGAUACCAUAAGAACAAAAAGUAGCUUCCAUGUGCAGUAGGCUGAAAAUAAGCCCUGUACAAAAAUAUUCGUUUUCCCAUUUUGAAGUCAUGUGACUGCUAUUCUUACAUUGAUGUGAUUGGUUGGAGUGAACUUUGUAUAUUUUUAACAGUUCCUGACUGAAACAUGAAAAAUAGACAGAAAUAGGUUUCAGCAAUGUCAGCUACAUUUAUCUGUGUUUAGAUAACAUCAUCUGACCAUGUCACAAUUUCAGUUGCAUUGGCUGUAACAUGGGUACAAUACAUCUAUAUCAGAAUGCAGAUCUUUAUGCCUAGGUGGUCUGUACCCAGCUGUAGGUAGGAGAAAGUAUCAGCCAUAGAUCAGAACAGACGUCUUAUUUUGGUGAAAACUUUUUUUCUCCAACCUUUUCAAAACAAUUAAGUAUUAAAUCUAGUUGAUUAUUGUUUAAUAAGCUGUUUUCAUAACUAGAUUCAUUUUUUCCCAAAGUAUAUUGUGGGCACUUACAUGACUGUUUUUUGACUGAUGUGCAUGAAAAUAUUAUCACUAGUAAUUAUUUUUGUUUUGGUGUGUUUUUGCUAUUUAUUGGUACAUGUUCCAGUGUAUUUUAUAAAACAUGGAAAUCCGUCCAAAAUGGGGUUUGUGAGUGAUGUGAGAGAAAGGUUAAUGAAUUGAACCUUGACCUUCGAAAAAUUAGUAAUUGUAUAUAAUGUCAAAUUUCAUUUCAUGAAUGCUUAAAGCAACUGCUUCACAUAUUUUGGUUAACAUUUAAGUGAGUCAAAACUUCUGAAAACUUUACUUUGUUAAAAUGUGUUUGGAUAUACAUGUAAUACAUAUUAGUAUAUGAUUUUUUUUUCUAAGUCUCUCAGUUCUGUUGCAGCACUUUCACAUGUUACCAAUAUGAUGUCUUGCAGGAGUAUCUACGUAUGUUUAGUUCUGGUUUGCACCUGUUUUGUUACUGCCAGUGUUUUAUGAGCAUAGGUUUGCUCACAAUAUGUCAGUCCACCAGUCCUAAUAUGUGUCUCACUUCUGUCCUGCAGUUUUGAAACAACUUGCAUAUGAAAAAAAUUGGAAGAGUUGUCUUGCCUUUGCAUGAUUGUUAUAGGUGACUUACUAGGUCUGAACACUUGGUUUUGCUGUUUCUUGGUGAUUCCAGCUGGUAUGAAGAAAUUGAUUGCAUAUAUCAUAUUUUAUUUCAAUGUACAUGUAAUAUGGUGCCAAAUAGGACUAAAACUUUGGUUUCACAUCAUUUCCAUCUAUGUGAACAUACUGAUAUGAGGUUUUGAUUU